AUGAGUGGGGCAACAUCAUCAUCCUGGGAAGAUUCAAGAAAGCAGGCACGACAUCUAGAGAAUAAUAUUGAUAUGAAAUUAGUAGCAUUUAGUAAAUUAGGUGUUACUUCUGGUUCAUCGAGUCUUUCAUCUGAGACUGUACCACUUAUAAACAGUGAUGACAUGUUUGAUACCAUGUCUAUGGAGCUCCAACAACUGCUUAAUAAGUUGUCAGCUAUUAACGACAAAAUGGCGGAUUUAGCACCAAAUGGAGUCGCAUCAAUGCACACCUAG